CUUCUUACUUCUGCUUGCCCGACUCGCAAAACGUUUUAGCCGGCAAAAAAACAUAAAACUUGCAUUUCUUUCCAAUCCCUUGCAACAAAUAUAAAAAAACACACAAGAUGUCGGCUGGCAUGCCAAUUAAUCCAAAACCCUUCCUAAAUGGACUCACUGGCAAACCGGUGCUCGUGAAACUAAAGUGGGGACAAGAAUAUAAGGGCUUCCUGGUGUCAGUGGAUGGAUACAUGAACAUGCAGCUGGCGAACACGGAAGAAGUGAUCGAAGGAUCGGUGACUGGAAAUCUGGGUGAAGUACUGAUACGCUGCAACAAUGUGCUUUACAUCAAAGGCAUGGAGGAUGACGACGAAGAGGGCGAGAUGCGCGACUAACAACAACAAAGCAACAAUGGGCGCCAUUCUCAGUACAAGACGUCGACACAAAACUUAGUAACAUUAAGAUUCGAAAGUAAUAAAAUAAAUAUGUAUUUAUUUUAUAG